AUACACCUAUCAUUCUAUAUAUAGUGCGAGAGAGUAGAGAGAGAGUCUGAGAUUUGGUUGGUAAUGGCGAGAACGGCCGGCGAGUAUUUGCGGCGAAGGUCGUCGGAGAAAGUUGAGGGUUUGGAUCAUCUGUUGUCGUCUGGUUCACGAGAACUCCAUGUUCUCGCCGUUGAUGACAGCCACGUGGACCGGAGGGUGAUCGAGCGAUUGCUGAAGAUCUCUUCUUGCAGAGUUACGGCCGUAGAGAGUGGAAGCAGAGCUCUGCAGUAUCUCGGUUUGGAUGGAGAGAAGAGCUCCGUCGGAUUCAAUGGUUUGGAGGUGAAUUUAAUAAUGACGGAUUAUUCAAUGCCUGGAAUGACUGGAUAUGAACUGCUCAAGAAGGUCAAGGAGUCAUCGACUUUGAGAGAAAUACCCGUGGUGAUCAUGUCAUCUGAGAAUAUCCUAGCUCGUAUCGAUCGAUGUUUGGAGGAAGGGGCAGAGGAAUUUCUCGUGAAGCCAGUAAAGCUAUCAGACGUGAAACGCCUGAAAGAUUUCAUGUUAAGAGGGCAAGGAGAGGAAAAUGGAGAGAGAGGAAGCCAUAAAAGAAAGCUACCAGAUGAUUACACGCCAUCAUCACCCUCGUUACCAUUGUCAUUGUCACCAUCACCUCUUGCUUUUGAUCGAGCAUCAACACCCGCACAAUGCCCAUUGCUACCGUCACUACAAUCUCCUUCAAAGAGGCCUAUAUUGUGUAAUAUUGAUUGAUCUUCUGUCAUUUCUAGUCGACUUAUUAACCAUUACUUGCCCAUGCCGAUAGUGUUCGUUGUUGGGUAGAGGUGAUGUAUUUUGUUCUCUUUUGCUUUUAAUAUAUACUCUUACAAUUGUAUAUUGCUGACUUGAAGAUCAAGCCAUUGUGAAAGUGUCAACUCCUGGGCUGGUUAAAAUAUAAUAAAUAAUACAAAUAAAAAAGUUGGGAGAUGAUUUUCACUUCUGAUCCCCAGUUUAUGUGAA